AAUAAAUUUCCCUGUUUAAAUAUACUAUAAGUUCGUGUGUGGAGUCAGAGUAUGAAGCAGUGGAGUGACAUCAUGUCCUUAUGGAAAUGUGUCCCGGAGAGGCCCCUCCCUGCCCCGGUGACAUCAGCCGGGGCUCUGCUGCUUUCCUCCUGGAGCACACACUUAGUCCGCACACACGUCCACACCACUGGGCCAGCUCGACGGAAACUGCGCCUGCCCGGCUAUUAUCGCUUUCUUCAUGGGACAAAACGAGACUUCUUCGCUGCCAGAUCAUGGGAGGCUGUUGACAUCCGACUUUGCCACCAGCUAAAGAAAACCCAUUAGCGUAGCCUGAACACACAGGUUGCUGGACAGUGACGGGUCCAACCAUGGCCGCCCAUCGAAUCAGAGCCACAACCAACAACAACACUUCUCUCCCUCGCUGCAAAUCUGAGGGGACGCUCAUCGAUCUCAGCGAAGGAGUGUCAGAAGCCACUCUCACUGAUGUCAAAGUGCCUUCUCCCAGUGCCUUACGACUGGAUGCUACUGCCUCCUUCGGCACUGCCAGGGAAGUCGUUGCCAUUAAGGACUACUGCCCAUCCAGCUUCACUACCUUGAAGUUCUCUAAAGGGGACCGCCUCUACGUUCUGGACUCAUCAGGAGGAGAGUGGUGGUACGCCCACAACAACACAGAGAUGGGUUACAUUCCUGCAGCUUAUGUGCAGCCCAUCAACUAUAGAGACUCAUCCUUCAGUGACAGCGGGAUGAUUGACACUGUGGGAGACUGUAAUGAGGAGGCAGCCAAAGAAAUGGACCUUCUAGGAGAGUGGGCAGGGGUGAUUCUGAAACCAACCACUUUCCAAAAUGGAAAUCCUUUUACAACAACCCAUACCUCUACAAACCCUUUUCUAAAUGGGGGUCCUCAGAGCUCACUUGAUCAGAACAGUAAUGAGAAAUCAGUUGACCUCCUUCUGUUUGACACCCUCACUCCAUCAGCGCCCAACUCCACCAGCAGCACUGCCGACAUCAAUGGUUUUGGCAGUGGCAUUUUUAACCUGAACCCUCUUAGUCCCACUGUAGGGGUGGGCCAAACGCUGCGCAGGGACAACCCGUUUUUUAGAAGCAAAAGGUCCUACAGUCUGUCUGAGCUGUCCAUCCUGCAGGCUCAGUCCGACACCCCUCAGGCCUCCACUGGUUUCUUUGGUGGCCUUAAAGCACCGGCGCCAGAGCAGUUCCAGAGCAGGGAGGAUUUCCGGACUGCAUGGCUCACCCACCGCAAGCUUGCCAGGUCCUGCCAUGACUUGGACUCACUGGGUCAGAACCCAGGCUGGGGCCAAACACAACCGGUGGAGACCAACAUCGUCUGUCGGUUGGACAGCUCAGGAGGGGCUGUCCAGCUUCCAGACACCAACAUCAGCAUCCACAUACCCGAGGGCCAUGUAGCUCCAGGGGACACCCAGCAGAUCUCAAUCAAAGCUCUGCUAGACCCACCGCUAGAGCUGAACAACGACCGCUGCACAACCGUCAGCCCUGUGGUGGAGAUCAAACUCAGCAACAUGGAGACCAAAACUACCAUUACCCUGGAGAUGAAAGUAUCUGUUGUGGUGAAAAUGGAGAGCAGGCAGACCACUGAAGUAUUGUGUGUCAGGAGUGAUUGUAAAGAGGGACCUUAUACCCCUAUUCCUCAGGCGUACAUGUAUGGGGACACGGUCCAGGUGUGCCUGGAUAACCUGGAACCGUGCAUGUAUGUGUGCGUUGUGGCUCAGUCCCAGUCCAUAUCUCCAGACUCCACAGUUUGGGAGCAUGUGGUUAAAAAGAUCACCCUUGGAGUAUAUGGUCCCAAACACAUUCACCCAUCUUUCAAAACAGUCGUGGCUAUGUUUGGCCAUGAUUGUGCCCCAAAGACACUAUUGGUGAGUGAGGUAGGCAAGCAGGCACAGUCUGCACCACCAGUAGCGCUGCAGCUCUGGGGCAAACACCAGUUUGUAUUGUCCAGACCGCAGGACCUCCGUGUUGGGGUUUACUCCAACAUGGCCAACUAUGAAGUAAAGGCUAGUGAGCAGGCCAGAGUGGUCCGGGGCUUCCAGAUCAAACUAGGCAAAGUGAGUAGGCUUGUCUACAUGAUUGCCUCACGCAACACUGAAGAGGUUUCUGAUUUUACCUUAAGAAUCCAAGUCAAAGAUGACCAAGAUGUAAUACUGGCCCAAUUUUGUGUCCAGACACCAACACCACCACCCAAAGCAGGCCCAAAAACAUCAGUGCAGCGGCGCUUCCUGAAGAAGAAGGAAGUGGGCAAGAUCGUCUUGUCUCCUCUUGCCAUUGCCACCAAGUACCCUGUUUUCCAAGACAGGAGAAUUAAUAACCUGAAGUUUGGAAAACUAAUCAAAACUGUCAUCCGACAAACAAAAAAUCAGUACUUGCUGGAGUACAAAAAAGGAGAUUUUGUUGCUCUGUUGAGUGAAGAGAAGAUCAAGCUGAAGGGCCAGUUGUGGACGAAAGAAUGGUACAUUGGAUAUUAUCAGGGCAAAAUGGGACUUGUCCAUGCCAAGAAUGUGCUAGUGGUUGGCAAAGUUAAGCCCAUUUACUUCAGUGGGCCUGACCUUACAACUUCAUUAUUACUGGAGCAGAUACUGAAGCCCUGCAAGUUCCUCACAUACAUCUACGCCUCUGUAAGAACUAUACUGAUGGAGAACAUCGGCAACUGGCGAGCAUUCGCUGACGCCCUCGGAUAUGUCAACCUGCCCUUGACGCAUUUCUGCCGCGCAGAGCUCGACAGUGAACCUGAGAGGGUUGCAUCAGUGCUGGAGAAGCUGAAGGAGGACUGCAACAAUGCAGAGAGCAAAGAGCGGAAGUCUUUCCAGAAAGAACUCCUGACAGCUCUGUUGAAGAUGGACUGUCAGGGUCUUGUGGCCAGACUAGUCAUGGACUUUGUCCUCCUGACCACGGCUGUGGAGGUGGCUGGACGCUGGAGGGAACUGGCUGAGAGGCUCGCCAAGGUUUCACGCCAGCAGAUGGAUGCGUAUGAGGCGCCGCACCGCGACAAGAAUGGGGUGGUGGACAGUGAGGCCAUGUGGAAGCCAGCGUAUGACUUCCUGGUCACAUGGGCUGCCCAGAUCGGUGACAGCUACAGGGACGUGAUCCAGGAGCUGCACAUGGGCCUGGACAAGAUGAAGAACCCCAUCACCAAACGCUGGAAGCACCUGACCGGCACGCUCAUCCUGGUCAACUGCCUGGACGCCCUGCGGAGCUCCGCCUUCAGCCCCGCCGCUCAGGACGACUACGCCAUCUAAGUUCUCUCCUUCAUGACUCUUUACUCCUGCAGGUGUUUCCAGACACCAGCUCACCUCGCUCUCCUGGAGCAUUUUAGAAGUUACACAGUUUGAAAUGCUGCAUACCAGCUGUCUGCUCACUCUGAAUGCCACUACUGCUGUUAUAUGUUGUUGUUUUUUUUUCCUGCGGCGCUGCCUUCAGCUCCUUGCACCCAGGGAAACCUCGCCAGACUGCCCCCCAUGUCUCCGUGGCUGCCAGCCAAACUACACAGUGCUGUAUGGAGCUCACAGUAUUCACAAAGACACUUUUAAUAGUUGCUGUCUUGCAUAGUUAUGUAUUUUUGUACUCUUAUUAUGGCACAGCAUUUUUUAAAAGCAACACUUUAAACCCUUUGGUUAAGAACUGUGGAUUGAACGCCAAGAAAGAUGCUUUUUCAAGUAAAGACACUUUUAGACAUUGUAUCCUUGUUACCGUAACCUUGUCACUUUUGUCAAAUCUGUUCUAUUUAUUUAUACAUCAAAGAGAAAAGUCACUUUUUCUUCUCUUCUUCAGGUUCUUUCACUGUGGUCCUUCUCAUUUCAGAGAUCCAAAUAUUGCUGUCAGUUUAUAAUUUUCAAGGCCUGGCAGUGAGAAAACUGUAAAGAAAAAUAAUUUAUUGAUCUUGUACACUAAGUUUUUAUCAAGUUCUCCACUAGUGCUGAAAUAAUACGUCCAUUAAUUGAAUAUUACAGAAAAUUCAUCAAUAUCAGUCUAAAAUGUAAAAUUGAUUAAUCAUUUGCUGCAAACAUUCCAAACAGUCUCUGUUUCCAGCUUCUCCAAUGUGAGAAUUUUCUGUUUUUCUUUUUUGUAUUAUUGUUAAUUGAAUAUUUUUGGGUUUUGGACACAACAAGUCAUUAGAAAACAUCACUUUGGGCUCUUUUUUCAUUGUUCACUGUUGACUAAACGAUUAAUGCAUUGAGCUUGACUGCUCGCGUAAACAGCAGUUGACAAAAAUAUCUGAACUCAAGGUCCACUUAUUCACUUGUUCUGUUGCUUUCGACCGCAUCACACGGUCUUCAUCAGCAGAUUUAGUUUGCUCAGUUAUAGAACUGUGGAUGCUCAAACCUCAAACCAUUUCUUCUCCAUGUUAACCUAAACUCAACCUCCAAUUUACUGAUGAUGACCGUGUGAUAUGGUUGAAAGCUCCAGAACAAGUAAGUAAAUAGACCUUGAGUUGAGAUUGUUUUGUUGACUGUAGAUCUGUGGAUAAUUUUUUCAAUUAAUUCAGAAAUUGUUUUUUACUUUCAGCCUUACCUUCCAUAUAACAACUGAAGCUUAGUCACUCAUUCUCAACAUACUCUUUAUUGUCUUCUGCCUGUGUUUCUUUUGUGUUAUGGAAAUACUUUUUUCCAAAGCCUGCCAAAAAUGAAUACAGCUCUACACAGAUGACCUUGUUCAAUGCUGAGACCACUGUUGUAAUGACACUGUCUGUCAAAGCUUCUGGCUAGGUUUUGUCUCAGUGCUGCAUACUGUGUAAGGUGGUAGUGACACAUCCAGUGGUGAGUUUCAAACCUUUUUGUGACUGCAUACUUUUGUGGAAAAUACUAAAUAAAAUGUAAAUAUUUGUA